AUGGCAAAACAACAGAACAAAUUAGCUGAUGAAAUAGAGAAAGUGUUGGAGAAGUCUAAAGGGUUUUCCCUUAAGGAUCUGCUGUUUUUCUAUCAGGGAACCCCAUACCCUGUCACUGUAUGCAGUGCAGAGACAUUCCAGGCCCUGGAAAACUUAGAAGCCAGAAGAGAUGAUAUGGUGUUGGUGUCUUACCCCAAAUGCGGUGCAAAUUGGCUUAUCCAGCUCUUAAAUGAUUUGAUAUUUACAACUUCCCAGACUAAACAUAUAAACACGGAACUGCCAUUUAUUGAAUGUGGAGACCCAGAAAAAUAUCAGAGGAUGAAACAGUUUCCAUCUCCAAGGAUUUUGGCAACACACCUCCAUUAUGAUAAUCUCCCCAAGUCUAUCUUCAAGAAUAAAGCCAAGAUACUAGUGUUGUUUCGAAAUCCUAAAGAUACAGCUGCAUCGUUUUUCCAUUUUUAUAACAACGCCACAGAGGUCCCCAGUUAUAACUCCUGGGAUGAGUUCUUCUCAGAGUUCAUGAGUGGAAAAGUCAGCUGGGGUUCCUAUUUUGACCAUGCAGUUACCUGGAACAAACACACUGAGGAUGAAAAUGUUAUGAUCAUAACAUAUGAAGACCUGAAAGAGAACCUGGCUUCUGGAGUGAAGCAAAUAGCUGAAUUCUUCGGAUUCUCUCCAACGGCAGAGCAAAUUCAGUUUAUUGCAGACAGGGGAAGCUUCCAAGCAAUGAGAGAGAAAUCCCAGGAGAUCUAUGGCUCAGUUGGUCCGAUUCUCUUCCGUAAAGGUGCUGUUGGAGAUUGGAAGAACCUUUUUACUGAAGCUCAAAGCCAGGAAAUGGAUGCUAAAUUUAAAGAGUGUUUAGGGGGAACCAAGCUGGAAGCAAAUCUGAAAUAUGAUGUGCACUGCAAGGCCUGAGAAUGGUUACAGAAAAGUCUCACUUCGAUAUGAGCUUUUUAAUUUUUUUAUAUAUACUCUAAAAGGAAUACUUUAAAUCAGGAUGUAUAUCUCAGUUGUAAUUUUGUAGCUUGUUAGUGUAAGAUUACAGUUCUGCUAAGUUUGGUUCUAUCCUAUCAUUAGCAGGCAGGCUUCAGUUCGGUAAAUCACUUUAGCACAUGUUUAAUUUUAAGCACCUGCUUAAAUCCCAGUGUAGUCAGUGGGAUUACUCAUAAAUUAAACAAGAGCUUAAGUGUUUUGCUGACCAGAGAUAAGAUUACUUGCUUUAAAUUAAAUUAUGCUUACAUGGUUUGCAGAAUGGAAGCUUGAAUGAAGAAGUGUUAUCUAUCCAUGUGUAGGUUGAAAUUUUUAUGUAAUCAAGUUAAGAGAGACGUCAGUGGCACUGCCCAAAAAUUCUGUUCACUCUUUCUGCUAAAUUGGGAAGUAUUAUGCAAAGACUAUUGAAGGCAGAGAAAUAAUGAAAAGGGUACUAGAGUGCUGAGCGGAAAUUAAUAUAAUAGAUGUAAAUUGGAACAAAGGCAUUUAGUGGGAGCAAGAUACUUGGAAAGCAGUGAUGGAAAAGAGACCUAAGGGUGAUUGUGGACUGCUAGUGAGACAUGAGUUUGUAGUAUGACAUUGGCAACAAAAAAGCCAAUUCAAUUUUGGGAUGCAAAUCCAAAGGUUUUGUAUCAUGGACCAGGGAUGUGACAUGCCUUUGGUGUGUGACAGUGGGGAGAUUCCACCAGGAAUACUCCUGGUAUCUAGGUGUCCUAAAAUACAGAAAAACUUAACCAAACUGGGGAAAAUUCAUGGAAACGUGACAUAAGUGAUUAGGUAUUUAUAAGGAAUGAAAUAGUGUAACUAUGCACUGUGGAUGGUUGUAUCUCCAUUAUUAUACUAGAACAGAAAGAGUGGAAUUGAUCAGAGUGCUGAAAUAGCUAGGAAUAAUGAGAUGAACACGAGGAAAGAAAUGUUUAGCGUGCAUAUCAGAAAACAUAUCCAGAACCCUAACUGUGGAAGUGUCCCAACGGGUUUCUACAGCUUCUCAUUGCAUGUGUGAUUUUAAAACUAGAUUGGAGAAAGCACUUGACCAUGUUCUAUAAAGAACAAUUCUACAGAGGCAGUGGGGUGGACUAGACCUGCUAGGCUUUUUCCAUCUCGGAUUUCUAUAGCUCAAGGAGUUCUCAGUCCAUGCUCACUGAUGAAAAUGAGCUAUGUUUCUAAUAUUAUUAAAAUGUACUUUGGGCUAGAUUGUGCUUUUAGACACAUCCCCUCAAGAGUCGUCCCGCCAAAGCACAAUUCCUCCCUGCUUCACUUUUGCUCCAGGUAAGGAAUAAGUUACAUCAGCCCUUGAAAGGGUGUAGUUUACUUCUCCCUCUUGCACUAAGCCAGCUAUUCCGUGAUGUGGGAGGAGGGGUAAAGGGUAGAGCUAAGACACUAUCCCCUUGCUGUCCACUUUCUUGAAGCAGAAAGUAUCUGAGAGCAGGGUCUGAGCUCCACAACAAACCCAGACCCAAAAUCUAGCUAGGCUGGAGGCCUUACUUGCUCAAGUGAGUAAGACAAGGGCAUUAAUGUUGAUUAACUGCAUAGUACGCUACAGGCCUUUAAAUGUAAAUGUAUAUUAAAGGUAAUAUAUGCACAGUUGGUUUGGAAACUAUCAAUUCCAUGUGAUUCCAUUGUGAUUCCAUUGAGUUCAACGGGAGUACUUGGAUGAGUAAGGACUGUAGGGUCUGUCCCUGUUUUUUAAACUCCUUUUAGCUGCAGUGUGCUGUUUUUGGUAGAAUUCUGUGUAGAAUGCAAUAAAGU